CUUGACUCUAGCAAUCGUCCAAAAUGACCUAUACUCUGGACCCCCUGCCAGAGACGGCUACCCACAAAGACUACACCAGGAUCCAUUUCGACACGGCCAAUGUCCCCGCGAAGCGUAUCGUCGGCCUCCUGGCUUGCCAGCGUAUGUCUCUAUCAGAGCCCAGAACGCUUCUCCCGAGCUUAUUGCUGCUCUACAGGUGACCCUCUUCUCCACAAGAUGCGUACCAAAGUCUAUGCCGCCCGUGAAGCUUCCGUUACAGCGCCUCCCCCGCCUAAAGGCAAGGCCAAGCAGAAGAAGGGCGCUGCCCUUGUCAACGGUGAUGCAAAGCCCGAGGAGAAGGGCAAGCUUUGGGAAGUGGAGCUCCUCGAUACUGUUAUCUUUCCAGAAGGUGGUGGUCAGCCUUCAGAUACCGGCGUCAUCCGUCUCCUCGACCCCAAUGGAGGUGUAACUCAAGAGUUCCCCGUUGAGAUGUGUCUUCGCAGAAAGCUCGAUAGUGUCCAUCUUGUUCGUAUUCCCCUUGGAGUGGAGGUCGAAGGUGGCUGGGAAGGACGAGAGGUUGAGGUCGAGACUGACUGGGACAGGAGGUUUGACCAGAUGUCUAUCCACACCUCCCAACAUCUCAUCUCAGCCCUCGCCAAUACCCACUACGGUCUCCCUACCCUCUCGUGGUCCAUGCAGCCUUACCCGUCGCUCGAUCCGCCAUACAUUGAGCUCGCUCGGGCUCUUACCGUCGAGGAGGCUUUGCACCUGGAGCAGCUUUGUGGUGAAGCGAUCAAGCAGGCAAAGAAGAUCUGGGUAGACUUUAGUAUACAAGGGCAGGAAGCUGGUGGUGAAUUGCAGGGAGAAGGGGCUGUUGCAACCAGGGAGUUCAGGGAACUGCCCAAAGACUAUUCUGGAGGUGUCAUACGCCACAUCAACAUCCAAGAUACCGACAGGAAUGCCUGCUGCGGCACCCAAUCACCCAACCUCGCCCUUCUCUCUCUCUUUCACGUCAUCCCUCCCACACCCUCCACCUCCAAAAAGGACACACCCACCAAGCUCUUGUUCCUCUCCGGACCACGAGCCAUCACCGCACUGCAAGAGUCAUCCCGAAUUCUGUCCGCUGCUGCGAGGAUUGUGGGCGCUAGUCGGGCCGACGUCGUACAGAGGCUGGAGAGGUCAGAAUUGGCAAGGAAGGAAACGUCAGAUAGCCUCAAGGGUGUGAGGGGGGAGCUGGCAAAGCUUGUUGCAGAACAAGCGAUUCGCCAAGGCAAGGAGAGCCAGGGUAUCGCUGUGGUCAGCAGGGAAGAGAAGGGUACCCACGAUUUCGAAUGGCUGGGUCUCGUCGGGUCUACCUAUCUCGAAGCCUUCAAGAACGCCUCGCUGGAAGAUGCCUCUUUCCCGAAACCGCUUAUCGUCCUUGUAUCAGCCUUGAACCCUGCAGUCUCCUUAUCCGUGCCAUCUCAAUCUUUCCUCAUCGUCCAGUCCCUUGAUGACGCUCUUGCCAAGGCUGUGAACGAAAAGAUCAAGACCGCUCUGGAAGGCAGGGUGAAGGGCGGAGGUGCUAGGGGAAGAUACAUGAGCAAGAUCGAUGGGAAGUGGGGGAAAGCCGAUAACCAGAUGGUCGAAGAGAUCGUGGACGAGUUCAAGAAGGAGGCAUCAUGGCAGAGUAUGCCCGACGGACACCCACUCUGAUAGACGAAACAAAUAUUGAGCUAGAUGGAGAUAUUGGCGGAUCACAUAUGUGUUUAUUGGACUGGAACAAACAGCGACAGAAAAGUAACAUGCCGAUACAAUUGCAUAAACCCAGGACUUGUGAUCACCUUUCCAAAGUCUAUGACUAUAAUGACAUCGAGGACCAUCUGUCGUUAUGCUCUUUUCUCGCCCUCCUCUUCUGCCACCUUCUGCUUGUGCGCACUGACAGCUUUCCGUCGGUAAUAGUACGAUCCAACCGUGAUGGUCACAAAGUUGAUCAAGAUCCAACCAAUGAGGACGCCUUCGCUGCGGCCAAUGUCAUCCUUGGUGUUGAAGAUUAUCUAAGCGGGAUGUUGAGUGAUGAGGGCUUGAUUAGGCAAUGGAUAUUCAGGAUGAUAAAGCUCAGCAAGAAGAAUGGCAUGAGUCUCGGCCCAAGAACGUUAUGACCGCCUCUGUCGUCAGACCCAGUGCACUCAUCCUCAAGAACAAAACUACUUUGAAGGCAAGGUCGACGAGGGGGAAGAAGAAAGAGGGGGGGGGGGGG